AUGGUAGAAGUAGUCCCUGAGCCUGUGGUGCAUAAGAAAGAGAUUGACUGUUUAACCUGGAAAGUCAGGACAGGCUCCACAGAGAAGGACGUGGGCCCUGGGAGGAAAAGGGUAGUCAUUACCAACCUGAAUGGUCACACUGCUCGAGUCAAUUGCGUACAAUGGAUUUGUAAACAGGAUGGCUCUCCUUCUACUGAAUUAGUUUCUGGAGGAUCUGACAAUCAAGUGAUUCAUUGGGAAAUAGAGAAUAAUCAACUUUUAAAAACAGUCCAUCUUCAAGGCCAUGAAGGACCUGUUUAUGCAGUACAUGCCAUUUACCAGAAGGGGGCAUUGGGUGCUGCAUUACACGCGCUGAUAGUUUCUGCUGCUUCAGAUUCCACUGUUAGACUCUGGCUUAAAAAGGGUUCAGAAGUAACGUGCCUUCAAACAUUGAACUUUGGAAAUGGAUUUGCUCUGGCUCUCUGUUUAUCUUUUUUGCCUAAUACUGAUGUACCAAUAUUAGCAUGUGGUGAUGAUGACUGCAAAAUUCACUUAUUUGUUCAACAAAAUGAUCAGUUUCAGAAAAUGCUUUUCCUCAGUGGACAUGAGGAUUGGAUAAGAGGCGUGGAGUGGGCAACUUUUGGUAGAGAUCUUUUCCUAGCAAGCUGUUCACAAGAUUGCCUGAUAAGAAUAUGGAGGUUGUAUGUAAAAUUGACAUCUUCAGAAAUUCAGGAUGAUAAUAUAAGACUGAAGGAAAAUACUUUCACUAUAGAAGAUGGAAGUAUUAAAAUAACGUUUGCAGUUACUCUGGAGACUGUGUUGGCUGGUCAUGAAAACUGGGUAAAUGCAGUUCAUUGGCAACCUUCGUUUUACAAAGAUGGUGUUCUACAGCAGCCGAUGAGAUUAUUGUCUGCCUCAAUGGACAAAACCAUGAUUCUCUGGGCUCCAGAUGAGGAGUCAGGCGUUUGGCUAGAACAGGUUCGAGUAGGCGAAGUAGGUGGAAAUACUCUGGGAUUUUAUGAUUGUCAAUUCAAUGAAGAUGGUUCCAUGAUCAUCGCUCAUGCUUUCCAUGGAGCAUUGCACCUUUGGAAGCAGAAUACAGUUAACCCAAGAGAAUGGAGUCCAGAAAUUGUCAUUUCAGGACACUUUGAUGGUGUCCAAGACCUAAUGUGGGAUCCAGAAGGAGAAUUUAUCAUCACCGUUGGUACUGAUCAGACAACUCGACUUUUUGCUCCAUGGAAGAGAAAAGACCAGUCACAGGUGACUUGGCAUGAAAUUGCAAGGCCUCAGAUACAUGGUUAUGACCUGAAAUGUUUGGCAAUGAUUAAUCGGUUUCAGUUUGUAUCUGGAGCAGAUGAAAAGGUUCUUCGAGUUUUUUCUGCACCUCGGAAUUUUGUGGAAAAUUUUUGUGCCAUUUCAGGACAUUCACUGAGUCAUGUGCUUUGUGAUUACGACAAUGAUCUUCCCGAAGGAGCUACUGUUCCUGCAUUGGGAUUAUCAAAUAAAGCUGUAUUCCAGGGAGACAUGACUUCUCAACCUUCUGAUGAAGAGGAACUGUUAACUAGUACUGGUUUUGAGUAUCACCAGGUUGCCUUUCAACCCUCCCUACUUACUGAGCCUCCCACUGAGGAUCAUCUUCUGCAGAACACUUUGUGGCCUGAAGUUCAAAAACUAUAUGGACAUGGUUAUGAAAUAUUUUGUGUUGCCUGUAACAAUUCAAAGACUCUGCUUGCCUCAGCUUGCAAGGCAGCUAAGAAAGAACAUGCAGCUAUCAUUCUUUGGAACACUACAUCUUGGAAACAGGUGCAGAAUUUAGUUUUCCACAGUUUGACUGUCACGCAGAUGGCCUUCUCACCUAAUGACAAGUUCUUACUGGCUGUUUCCAGAGAUCGAACCUGGUCAUUAUGGAAAAGGCAGGAUACAAUCUCACCUGAGUUUGACCCAAUUUUCAGUCUCUUUGCCUUCACCAACAAAAUCACCUCUGUGCACAGUAGAAUUAUUUGGUCUUGUGACUGGAGUCCUGAUAGCAAGUAUUUCUUCACUGGGAGUCGAGACAAAAAGGUGGUUGUCUGGGGUGAAUGUGACUGUGGUGAUGACUGCAUGGAACACGGCAUUGGCCCCUGCUCCUCCGUCCUGGAUGUGGGCGGGGCUGUGACAGCUGUCAGUGUCUGCCCUGUGCUCGAUUCUUCCGGAAGGUAUGUGGUUGCAGUUGGAUUAGAGUGUGGAAAGAUUUGCUUAUAUACCUGGAAAAAGACUAAUCAAGUUCCAGAAAUAAAUGACUGGAUUCGUUGUAUUGAAACAAGUCAAAGCCAAAGUCAUACACUUGCUAUCAAGAAACUAUGUUGGAAGAAUUGCAAUGGAAAAGCUGAGCAGAGUGAAGGAGAAGGUGCUGACUGGUUGCACUUUGCGAGUUGUGGUGAAGAUCACACUGUGAAGAUAUACAGAGUGAACAGAUGUGUACUGUAGUGGGCUUCAUUGUCACAUGCUUACAGUCAUUGGUGUCUUAAAAUAUUUAUCAUGUAAAUAGAUCACCUUUCUUCACCUUCACAAUUGAAUCAAGUUUCAUUUUUGAUUCAGAUAGCAGUCCUUUAUUUGGGUCCUGGACCCUUUGAAAUUGAUGAAAACUGCACACCCUUUUUCUUGUUUUAUAUUAUGUAUAUUUACACAUAUCCAAGACCUUGAUUCAUACUUUCAGAGAUUUUUGGACCUACUUUCCAUGAGUCCCAGAUUAAGAACAUCUGUUCUUGAUCACAUUUGCUUGAUUUUAUGUUAUUUUGGGCUGUUUUAUUUGCCCCUCUGCAUCUGCUUUGUGUUGCUGUAACAAUAUGCCUGGUGCUGGGUACUUUAUAAAGAAAGAGGAUUAUUUAAGUCAGAGUUCUGGGGAUCUAAGAACAUGGUCCUGAUAUCCUGACUCUGGUGAGAGCCUUAUGGUGGAUGGAAUCACAGUGUUGGGAGUGUAUGUGGAAGAAAGAGGUCAUUUGUUGAGACAGAAAGAAAGGGAGAUUCAAGGAAGGUGCCAGACUUGCUUUUAAAAACCCAGUCUCAUGAGAAUGACCUCCAGUGAGAAUGUGUUCCUGUUAGAAAAGUAUUGUUUUCUUUUAAAAGUAUUAUUCUCCCACUAGGUCCCACCUCAUAAAGGUUUCACCCCCUUUCAACACCACCACUCUAGGGACCAAGCCUCCAGCACUUGAAUCUGUAGGGGACACAUUUGAACCACAUCCAAACCAAAGCAUCCUCUGUGGGGUACAUCAUUAUCUAUUACCUUCUUCAGAGGGUAGACGUAGGAAAUAAAAAGAGAAGAAAUCCAGAUUAUUCAAUUUUUAUUUUAACAUUUUUUUGUAAAUAAACAUACCACACACAGUAUGCUAACUCUGCCUUGACCCUUUCUUCCUAGUAUAUGCCAAUUAUUCUAGGAAUUUGGCAGGCAGUUAUAAUUUUGUACUACAGCCAGUUUUUAUUCUUUAAAGGUACAUAGAUUCUGCUUUGGGUGGGGGUUACUUAAAGUAGAAUAUUCGGACAUUUAAACUUACAAAUUUAGGUUUUGAAAAAGAGUUCUGAAUCAUCUGAAUGUAGUAGCAAAGCCACGAGAGGGUACCUUAGGGAGGAUGCCAAGGGAGGGAAAGGGUGCUGGAAAUGACGUUGGAAUGCCAGCUGAGGGUUAAGGCAGGCCAGGGUUAGGAGCUUGGAAGUUGAGUGGAGAGAGAUUAGGGAAGACAGGAGAAUGGGGGCUUGGGUCCAACCCUGCUGGAACAUGGAGUCAUCAGACAAAUUCAAUAUGUUGAAAAAAGGAAGGUGAGGAUUUUCUAGGUGGGAGUUUAUGCUGUUGUUUAAUAUGAUAUUUUGCUUUCAGAGGUGUUCAGUUGUGUUUCCUAGAUGCAGAUUUUUAGACCUGUGCUAUAUAAUAUUUCUAGUCCAAUAGUGAGCUACAUAUGUAAUUUUAAAAAUGUAAUAGCCACAUAAUAAAAGGAAACAGGUAAAAUUUAUUUUAAUGUUAAAUGUACUGUAAUACAACAUAUACAAAAAAAUGUAUCAACAUACUGUUGGCCCUCUGUAUUGGGUUCCAUAUAACAUGGAUUCAACCAACCAUGAAUUGAAAAUAUUAGGAGGAAAAAUUGCAUCUCAUCUGUACUCACAGACUUGUCUUGUGGUUAUUCCCUAAAAAAUAAAGUGUAACAACUAUU